AAACAGAAAUUAUUCAGUUGGCGAUCACAAUUUGAGGAGAAUAGAAGGCGCACAAAAACGCACGGAUUUGGAAAAAUCGUACGAAAUUGUGCUCUUUAAAUUUUAAAAUAGAUAUUAAAUAAUAUAGCAAUAAUCGAAAAAUGGACAUAUACGAGGUGACGGGAUUAAAAAGACCAGAAAUUGUCGAACACAUUAAAAAAUACGCUGAUUUGGAUGCAUCAACUAAGGAAUUGAUACAGGCAGCGAUUGCCGCACAGAGAAACGCUUAUGUUAAAUACAGUAACUUUUAUGUUGGAGCAGCUUUUCGCACAAAAGACGCUCGCAUCUUUGCCGGUUGUAAUAUAGAAAAUGCAAGUUUUACACCAACAACAUGUGCCGAACGCACAGCCUUAAGCAAGGCAAUUAGCGAGGGAUACACUGAGUUCGUUGCCGGUGCAGUUGUUGCUUAUCAAGAGGAUGCCUUUACAACACCUUGCGGCGUAUGCCGGCAAUUCAUCAUGGAGUUUGCGCCGAGCGACAUACCGCUUUUCAUUACCAAAUCGCAAGUUGGUGUUGAGAAGGCUAACGAUGAGCUGGUUCUUGCCACAUCUAUUUACAAUCUACUGCCGCAUGGCUUCCGCACAUUUAAAGGGAAUUGAUGGAUAAAUUGCGUGAUGAUUCAAAGAACAAUUUAUUAAUCAAUACAUAUAUACAUACAUACAUACAUAUAUACUUAAGUAGUACUGCUUUAUCAAAAAAUGGACCUCACUUAUACCGUUAGCCUGUGCAAUAAAAAUUAUUACUUAUGUAACUGUAGAAUGCACUUAUGUAGAAAACUACAGACUGGUGGCAAUAGUAAAAAAUAUUUGUUUUGUAGUAAAUAACAAUGUAAAAUUGUGUAAAAAUGUGUGUUAAAUUGUUAGAACUUUAUACACUCGUGUUCAUAUUUUAAAUGUAAAUACAUAUUUUAAUUAUUAUUUAAAUAAAAUGAACAGCUUUUUUAGUUUA